UCUGAACUCUGCUAUUACCACAGGAAGGUAGGCGGUUAGCUUAAUGACUUAAUUGCUUCCAAUAUAGUUUGAACGCUUGUUUUUUUUUCAUGUCAUUACUUUAAAACUUUUAAAUCCUCCGUCUUUUCUUUCAAUAUGUCCGAAGUUCAUAUUCGAGCUGCGCUAUCGCGUCUUGCCGAUAAAUAUUUACAGAAUUCUCACAACCCAUCAGAACCUUAUACAAUAGAAACAAUAAUUGGAUUUUUUGAAGGAAUUAUUAACUCAAAUCCGCCUGAUUCACCAGUAUCUGGAAUUGAAGACAUACUAUAUCAAAUAUUCUCAAAAUUUUCCAGUAAUAAUGCCGAUGGGAUUCUGUUCAGCCGACUCUCUAAUUUAGUAUCUCGUUUACGAACUCAAGAGGUGCUACAAAAUAAAGCUAGUAUUUUACAAGUAUUGUUUAGCCUGUCAAGAUCGAGUGAAAACAUGGGUGAACUACCAUCUUCUCACCCAACAAAUUCUUUAUCAGAGAUGCAGACUUUACCUUCUUUGGGACACGAACGUACUUACUCUGAGACUACAGAGGCAAAAAACACGAGCAAAAGCAUACCUGUUUCUCAACGAAAUUCUAUUUAUGAGUGGACAUCUUUCUCACAAAAGCAGCCGACACCUACUUCAGAAAAAGCUUCAUAUACUGAAGAAAUCGAUAGUAGUGAGAAUUAUUUGAAAAGCGCCACACUGUUUAUUCUUCAGGGAGUUUCAACGGAUCUUGUGAAAUUUCAUGGCCGAACUGCUGACUUAUCAGAACAAAUUCCUUCUCAUCAUAUAUUACAAAUUCGUUCUUUAUGUGAAAUCGGUCUUCUUUAUCAGGAACUGAAAGAAUUUGCGGAUUAUGAUGGGUUUAGGACUUCAAAUUCAGCUUUGAAUAUAUAUAACUCUUCACCUGAAGAGCAAACACUGGCAUUACAAAGUUUUCGAGCGUUUAUUUCUAAAGAAUUGACGCAGUAUUUAAGUCUCAUCGCUUCUUUAGAGUCUCAACUUCGGACAGACAGUUCGACGAGGUCACAAACUGUUAGCAUUCGAAGGUGUAUAGUUUGGACUAACAACGCCCGCCUAAAAUUUCGAAUACUCUCUUCUAUUGUUAAUUCAUUUAUUAAAGAAAAGAACAAGAAGAAGCUAAUUCACAUUGUUGCCAGAUACAGCUUCCAUGGUGAUCCCAUCAUCCAUGAACUUAGCAAGAGAGUACUGGUGGAAAUUACUCAACCCCUUCAUGAGAUGAUUGAGAAUUGGGUUUAUAAAGGAGAGUUGAUAGAUCCUUUUCGGGAGUUUUUUGUCAUCGAGACUGAUGAUACUUCUCAAACUCAUGAUAGACAGGGAACAGGACGGAUUGUUUGGAAAGGGAAAUAUCACUUAGAAAAAGAGUUAAUACCAAGUUUUCUUUCAAAUGCUUUAGUUGAAAAAAUUUUUCUUAUCGGAAAAUGCCUCAAUUUUGCUCGCUAUGGUUGCGGUGAUUCAGAAUGGACUCAGAAGCAUUAUAGUGAAUUUGCAAAAAAACUCUCAUACACUGAUUUUCAAAGUUUAAAACUAACUAUCGACAUGGCUUAUACACAGUCCACUCGACAUCUUGUUCAACUUAUGGAAGAGAAGUUCCAUUUAAGUGAACAUUUGAAUGCCAUUAAAAAGUAUAUACUUUUAGGUCAAGGGGAUUUUGUUACAUACUUAAUGGAAAGUUUAGGCGAUUCUUUAGAACAACCCGCCAACACUCUUUUCAGACAUAAUCUAACAGCAUGCUUAGAGAGUGCAAUUCGCUCAAGCAAUGCUUCUUACGAACAAGAAUAUAUUUUAAAGUGCUUGGAUGCAAGGCUACUGGAGUUAUCGCAUGGUGAAGUGGGCUGGGAUGUUUUUACGUUGGAAUACAAAGUGGAUUCCCCAAUUAACGUUAUUAUCACUCCUUAUUGCUCAAGGCAGUAUUUAAAAAUGUUUAAUUUUCUAUGGAGAUUAAAAAGAAUUAAAUUUGUCCUAUCUCAUUCUUGGCGUCGAUCAACCCUAGGAGCUCGGAAUAUUAUUCGUGAACUAGAUUUCGUUCAACCGGAAUGGCAUUUUGUUAGUAUUCACUUAGCAGAGAUGAUUCAUUUUACAUGUCAACUUCAAUACUAUAUACUGUUUGAGGUUAUAGAGAUAAGCUGGGAAAAACUGAAAGAUGAAAUGUCAAAGCCAAAUGCUACGUUGGAUACAUAUAUUGAAGCUCAUCACCAUUAUGUGACUAGCAUCACACAUAAAGGUUUGCUAGGUAGCGCCAGAUCGCGGACUGAAGAUUCCUUCCUUCACCAGCUUCAUGAGAUUUUAAAGACAAUAUUGUCUUUUCAUAAUACUAUUGAAAUUUUGUAUAGUUUUUCAGUGUCAUUAUACAGUCGCUUGAAGGUCAAUGCGCCUAUAUCUACAGAGUCAUUGGAAGAAGAGUACGUACCUAUACAAGAAAAACUUCAACAAUGUUCAGAAGAUUUUCAGUUACGACUGAAACACUUUUUGUAUGGCUUAGCUACUCAAAAAGAUUCAGAAAUGAGGUUCUUGUCUGUUCGACUGAAUUUCAACGAAUUCUACGCAUUGCAGCAAAAGAAAGUUUAAAAAAGUUAUUUAUAUGUAAAUUAAGACAAUUUUAUUUAAUAGGAAAUGUAACUUCAUGUUUUUGUAAAAAUUGACCAUUCAAUUUCGCC